CCUAUAUACAUAUGUUCCAUUUUCUGUUUACUAUGAUUGUAUCACCGAAAGACUAAUCCGAAGACCCCUUCCGCUCGCUCUAUGGCCAGCGGACCAGCCAUUUCCAGUUUCCAUUUCCCUCCAGGAGUCCGAUUUCAUCCCUCAGACCAAGAGCUAAUUGUUUAUUACCUAUUCAACAAGGUGAACUCUCAUCCCCUUCCUGCCUGCAUCAUCACAGAUGUUGAGUUUUAUAACUAUAACCCUUGGGACCUACCUAAGUUGGCCAUCUUUGGAGAGAAUGAAUGGUUCUUUUUCAGUCCAAGGGAUCGCAAGUAUCCAAAUGGAGUCAGACCUAACAGGACAACGGCUUCAGGGUACUGGAAGGCUACUGGAACUGACAGGCCAAUUCUUAGCCCUGAUGGAUCACAAAUUGGUGUGAAGAAAGCUUUGGUGUUCUAUAUUGGAAAGGCCCCCAGUGGCCUGAAAACUGACUGGAACUUGAUGGAGUACAGACUCCCAGACACCUCAAUUAAGCCAUCAAGACCAAAAGGGUCGUCUAUGAGAUUGGAUGAUUGGGUACUUUGUCGGGUUCGACAAAAAGGCAACAUGUCAAAGAAUGCAUGGGAGGCUCAGCCAAGUCCCCAAGAAUUGCUGCUGAGUUACCUUCCAAAUAACGAAAAGCCCCCUUCAGUAAAUGAUGAUCCACUAAGGGACGUACACACACACUAUUUGUUAACUAAAGAAAAUUCCUUAAUAUACUCCAUGUUUAUGCAAGGUCUCAUCCCCUUGGAGAACAUUCUUAGAGCAGCCUCUCAGUUCAGCAGUGAUGGAAAGUAUUAUACAGGCUACGAACAUGAGUCAGGCAAAGUGAACACUCAAGUAACAAACUCUAGCUUGCAGAGUUUCUUCGGAUCUUCAAAGAGAAAACAUGAUGAUUUGAUCAAGACAAUCUCUGAUGGGAACAAGAAUGAGGAUUUUCUGUUAAGCAACAUGCUGGCCACCAACCACAGAAACUUCUAUAAUGAAAAUCAGCCUCCAGUUGACACCUUCAGUGAAAUCCAAUACCAAAUGCCAUGAUGAGCCUAAAGAAGGUUAACAUCUCUGCAUCAUCAGAUUGGUCUAUACCUACCUUCAAUUUACUGCAAAGCUAUCAUGUUCUAAUAAUGAUCACAAAUAACACACGUACUAAAUAAUAUGGUGUAAGAUAUUCAUAAGGUACACAAAUCAAAUCAUCUGAGCACAUCACAUUGUCACAUAAAUAAUGUCAUAGCUUGCUAGCAUCAAUCAAUAAAGUAAAAAAGCCUCAUGUGUGCAUAACAACCUCAUAAAGUCAUAAUGCAAUUUAU